UUUUAUCUUUCUUUUGAACUCUAUGCGACACAAACUACCAUUCAAAGAUCCAAUUAAUUUCUUCAUCACUUAGUAGUGAAGCUGAUGAUGUUGAUACCCAAGGGGGUAUCCACUGUUGUGUUGCAGCCAGCAAUUGGACCCAAAUCCUUCAAAAUCCAAGCUAGCUUUUCCAGAUACCCUCUUGCCAGCAAGAUUAUGGUUAGAAAUUUAUCAUACUCCACUGAUGAAAGUUGUCUGGAGAAGAUAUUUUCAAAUUUUGGCCACGUGGCUGAAGUUAAGGUUGUCAAGGAUGAAAUGACCCAGAGAUCAAAGGGAUAUGCAUUUAUUCAGUACACUUCUCAAGAAAAUGCCUUGCUUGCUCUUGAUAGCAUGGAUCACAAGUACCUCAACGGGAGGGUUAUUUCUGUGGAAAUCGCGAAGCCUACAAACAAAGAUUUUGGCAGAUACCCGAAAACUUGUGGACCACCUGUGGAAAGAUUGCCGUCUGAAGAUGAGGCUCCAGACUUAAAAGAAAAUUCUUAAUGCUUACGCUGGGGUUAUCAUCGCUAGGUGGAUGACAGUUCCGCAAGUCAUCAUUCUGGAAACUAGCUUGUGAUGAAGCUUCCUGUGGACCUGAUGAAAAUUCUGUUGUGGAAAAUUUCAAUUUUAGGUCACCCCUACAGGGCUGGAUUACUUGUUCUCAUUGCAACCUUGUGGUUUGCAUGUAAGUCCACGUAUAUGCUGUAUUUGUUCUCUGAGGCAUGCACGUUGCAUGUCAGUCCAGGUCAAUUACUGUAUACUAGAAGAGGCUUUCUUCGGUCAUGUUACAACACUUGUACUUAGAAUCGUGUAUAUUAAAUCGCAAGACUUGUGCUU